CUCCUUUGCGCGCCAAAGCGAAAAACAAGAUACAAGCGCUUGAGUCCGAAACGCACACACUCAAACCCAGCUCCGAACACCUGAGUCCCCAAAGGAAUUGUAUCGUGGUAGAGUCUGGUAAAAUUAACUCGUUCAGUUGUAUUUUCUACGUUUCAAACUGAAAAUAUCGAUACGAGGUAGAAAUAAUAUGAACUGAAUUUGGAAACAAAACUGAACCACAUGAAAUGCUUCUUACGGAGCUGCAGCUUUGAACAAUUAACGAACUAUAAUUUUGUAAUUUUACAACCAAAAUGGUUACUGAUGGGACAUCUUUAUAAUAGGUUAAUUCACCAAGAACGAAUUUGAACCUAUAAAUUUGCAAUCACUAGUAAUAAGGAAGCUUUGUUCUGUGGGCGUAUCCACAAGAGCUCUUGCAAUUACAUACCUGCCAGUCUUCAAACAGUAUCCGACACCUUACACGCUUGGAGAAAUCCUUGAUUGUUCGACAAAAUACUCGCACUUGCUCCAUUCAGAGAAUUGCGAUUUCUGUUGGCCUCUAAAGCACUGAAGGCAUCGACAAUCUAAGACAACUAUGGGUUACUUUCCAAAAGUCAAGCUCCUAGUUUUAGCCCUCUUCGUCUUAAAAUCAUCAGGGCGAAAUCCAGUUGACAAAGGUAACAAAAAGCAAGUGAUUAUGUAUCAUCCAAAACCACAACACUCAGCUAUUGUUCUCUACGGUAACGAAGGAAGCGGUCAAAGCGAGGCUGACAAGGAGAUGUUGAAUGCUCUUUCAAAUAAUGUUGAAACUGUGACAAAUCUGGUGAAAGCACAGUCAGAGAUCAUCGAAAAUCUCAGCAAUCAAGUUUCCAGCGUUGUUAAAGGCACUGGCAAUGAAAAGGAGUUCAAACGAGUGUUUGAUAAGAUUGCUAAUCAAUCGAAGCUGAUGAAUAACGUGACGAAGAAGCUCAAUAAAACUAUCAACCACGUGAACGAGCUGGCCGCGGUGUGGUCACAGACAACCAUCAGGUUUGACAAGGAGUUUAAAAGUAUGGAAGAGGAGACAGAGGAAAACGAAGAGAAAAUGGAGAGGAUGGAGAAAAAAAUCAUGGAUAAAAUUGAAAAGUUGCAACAGCAGGUGAAACUACUGCACGCAUCUAUAAGCUACGUUUCGGCAGAAAGUGCGUCAAGCAAGGAAGAAUGGCCCAAAGGAAAAUUCUGCAUUUUGGCAAACGGCCGCUGCCCUGAAGGUUUUAAACGCCACGAAGGACACCUUAAGUCUCUGUAUCUCUACUCGUCUCAUUCGCAGUUUGUAAACUCGGCUAAAUUUGGAAGCAGUUCUAUUGGUUGUUUUGGUAGGUACUGUGGACAAUACGGCAAUUUCAUUGGUUCCCUCACCUUGAUCACGUGCUGCAAGUAGGAAAGAAGUAUAAAUAUGUUAGAACACGUACAGUGUGACCGCGACGUCAACUAUUUUGAGAUCGCGGAAUUGUUUUAGAUUGUCAGUCAGGUCUUGAGCCCGUAUUGUGCAGUGGUCUGAAUGAGUAAAGACUUAUUCCCAAUGUUAAACCCAUUGCAUGUAA